ACGAAGGCCACGACAAAUAUCCUCAUUUCGCUUGCACUCUGCAUUACUCAAACCAAAUCGCCCUCUCAGCGAAGGACCUCUGUCCAUAGAUGCACAUUCAAGAACUCAUUCUGGAAGGUUUCAAAUCUUACCCUGUACGGACGCAGAUAUCAGGAUGGGACUCCUCAUUCAACGCAAUAACGGGCCUGAACGGCUCAGGCAAGUCUAACAUCCUCGACGCAAUAUGUUUUGUCCUGGGUCUCACCAACAUGUCAUCGAUGCGAGCGCAGAACCAACAAGAUCUCAUCUACAAGCGAGGUCAGGCUGGAGUCACGAAAGCUAGUGUCACCAUUGUAUUCGACAACUCCGAUCGCGCAACAAGUCCUGUGGGUUUCGAGGGAUAUGCGCAGCUCACUGUAACCAGACAGAUCGCCAUACCCAACCUCUCGAAAUACCUCUUGAAUGGUCACAAGUCUACGCAACAAGCCAUUCAGACCCUCUUCCAAAGCGUUCAGCUCAACAUCAACAAUCCCAAUUUUCUCAUCAUGCAGGGACGUAUCACGAAGGUUCUCAACAUGAAGCCGCAGGAGAUUUUGGGUAUGGUGGAGGAGGCCGCCGGCACGCGCAUGUUCGAGGAGCGUAAGGAGAAGGCGCUGAAGACGAUCGCGAAGAAGGACAAGCGUGUGCAAGAGAUUACUAAUUUGCUCAACGAGGAAAUCACGCCCAAGCUGGACAAGCUUCGCGAGGAGAAGAGGUCCUACGUUCAAUGGCAGAAGACGUGUACUGAGCUCGAACGCAUCGCACGCACCCUGCGCGCUUGGGAAUGGACGGAUGCUCGAGGACGUGCCGCUGCCAAGGAGAAGGAGGUCUCGGCUGCCGAGAAGGAUAUUGCAUCGUUGAAGAAGAAGAAAGACAAGCAUAACGCGGAGAUCCACGCCGCAGAGAAGGACAUGGAGCGUGUGAACGCGCAGAGGGACAAGGAGCUGAAGAAGGGCGGGAAGUUCAAGAAGCUGGAGGAGGAAGUCAGCGAACUGGGCAAGACCCUCGCAAAGGUCCGCACACAGGUCGAGAUCAAGAACGGCACCAUCGCGGACGAGGAGGGCAAGGUUGUAGCCUCCGCGAAAGAGCUUGAGGAGCUACGCGCAAGCUGCAAUGAGAAGCGACGCCAAGUUGAAGCCCUCACCUCUUCUCACGCAACUGUGAAAGACAAGCACAACGAACUCCAGGCCGCAUUGACGAAUGCCGAGGAGCUGCUCCAGACUCUCCUCACCGGUCUGACCUCGAACAAAGAUGGCAACGCGGGUGGCGGAGGCUAUAUGGGCCAACUUGCAGAUGCGCGCACACGUUCGGCGCAAGCGGCAGCCGAGGAGGAACAAAGCCGUGUGAAGCUCGCCAUGAGCGAGAAGGAGCUGAAGGCACUCGAGUCACGGUGGAAGGCGGUCGAGCGCGAGGCGGGCGAGGGUGCUCGGACGCUGGAGGAGAUGCGCGGCGGAGUGGAGAAGUGCAAGAAGCGAAUCGCCGAGACGGGGUGGAGCACUGAGAAGGAGGAAGUGCAUGAUGGGGCUAUCCGAAAGGCGAAGGAGGACGUGAGGCGACUUGCACAGAUGCGCGACGACAUCAAGAACCGUAUGGGUAACCUCGACUUCGAGUACGCGUCUCCCUACCCGAACUUCGACCGCAACAAGGUCAAGGGUCUUGUAGCCUCUUUGGUCGGUCUCGACAAGCUGAACUACAACGCGGCGACGGCACUCGAGAUCACCGCCGGUGGUCGUUUGUAUAACGUUGUGGUUGAGAGCGACGAGGUCGGCAAGCAGCUCCUUCAGAAUGGUCGUCUGAAGAGGCGAGUCACCCUCAUCCCGCUAAAUCGGAUCGAGAGCUUCCGUGUUCAGCCCGCUAAAAUCCAGGCCGCCGAGCGGAUGUCAGGAGGCAAGGCUCGUCUCGCUCUGUCCCUAAUCGGGUACCCUGAGGAAGUCGCAAACGCCAUGUUCUUCGUUUUUGGCGGCACAUUCAUCUGCGACGACGCGGCUACGGCGAAGCAGAUCACGUUCUCCCGCGAGGUCGGUAUCAAGUCGGUCACUCUUGACGGCGACGUGUAUGAUCCCUCUGGUACGCUGAGCGGUGGAUCUGCUCCGAGCAGCUCAGGGGUGCUCGUUAGAGUGCAAGAUCUCCUGCAAGCGGAGGGCAACUUUCAAGAAGCACGGCAGCGACUCGCUGCCUUGGAACGCGAGGAUGAACGCAUGAAGGGUGUUCGCGACAACUGGCGGGCUUACAUGCGAGACUUGAACAUCAAGGAGCAUGAGCUGAACCUCCUGCAGGAGCAGCUCAACGGAAGCAAUGCGUCUAGGAUCGGACAAGAGGUCGAGCAAGCGAAACAGACGAUCUCCGACCUCCGUGCUGCCAUUGACGCUGCGAAGGAGAAGCAGAAGGCAGCAAAGGCGGAAAUCAAGAAGUUGGAGAAGGAUAUGGAUGACUUCAAGAACAACAAAGAGGGGAAGAUCGACGAGCUCAAGGCGGAUGUCAGCAAGCAGAAGUCUGCGCUUCAAAAGCACUCCGUAGUUGUCAAGACUCAGCAUCGCGAACUCCAGACGGCUUCGCUCGAACUUGAGCAAAUGGAGAAGGACAUCUCCACCGCAGAAGCGUCCGUCGAGGAAGCCCGUGGUGGCGUGAAGAAGCUGCAAAAGGAACUCGGGAAGCUUGAAGCAGAGUUGAAGUCAAGCGAGGACGGAUUGGCGAGGGCCGAGAAGAAGCUCCAGGAGGAACGUGCAACGCUGAGUCGGUACGAUGACGAACUAAAGGCCCUUGAACAAGUCAUCAAAGCCAAGAAGCAAGAGAUCAGCAACGCAGACCUUGACAUUACGAAGCACGAACACGACAUUGUCUCCCUAAAGAGGGAGAUGACUGUCGCGGAGAACCAGGCGACGAACCUCGAGAAGCAGUAUGACUGGAUUGUCGAGGAGCAGGAUCAAUUCGGGAAGCCCGGCACCCCAUACGACUUCUCCAAGGCAGACAUCAACCAGCUGAGGAUGCGUGCUCAGGAGCUGCAGUCGCAGCAGAAUGGCAUGAAGCGGAAGAUCAAUCCCAAAGCCGUGCACAUGAUCGACGGCGUCGAGAAGCAGGAAGGCGAUCUCAAGAAGAUGAUCACGCAGGUUCUGAAGGACAAGACCAAGAUGGUGGCCGGCAUCGACCAACUCGACCAGUUCAAGCGCGAGGCUGUGGAGACGACCUGGCAGAAAGUUAACGGGGAUUUCGGAGCCAUCUUUGCGGAGCUCCUCCCUGGCAACUUCGCAAAACUCCAGCCACCGGAGGGCCAGGACCUCAUGAAGGGCCUAGAGGUGAAAGUGCGCCUAGGCACGGUUUGGAAGCAGAGUCUCACGGAGCUCAGCGGCGGUCAACGGUCUCUUAUCGCGCUCUCCCUCAUCAUGUCCCUGCUGCAGUUCAAGCCCGCCCCGAUGUACAUCCUGGACGAGAUUGACGCCGCGCUCGACCUGUCGCACACACAGCACAUCGGGCAGCUGUUCCGGACACGCUUCAAGGGCUCGCAGUUCAUCGUCGUCUCGCUCAAGGAGGGCCUCUUCACGAACGCAAACGUGCUCUUCCGGACGCGCUUCCGAGACGGCACUUCCAUCGUCGAGCGCACCGCGCACCGCUCGACGUCGGCGCUGUAUCAGAAUGCCCGAGACGAGGCCGAUGAGAACGUCCCGCCCGCCGCGCGGAGGAGUCGGAAAUGAUGGGCUUGCAUAUUCGUGCGUUGUUGGUUACAUCCGUGUUUCUAUAUCUGCUGUUGUACGCUAGAUUACUGUAUACUUAGUUCAUCUUGCUUUCUCAAUUUCU